GCGAAUAUGACCUUAUCUCUCACCAAAGAAAGACCACAGACAAGCAGCUACGACCACCCCAGUUUACGACCACUAGCGACGCCAGUUGACCUCUACAGAUGUCCCGUGUCCACCCCAAUCAACUACCAGUGGUGCCGCGACCACACCCAUCUCAGCAGACGUCACUUGUCAAGCCAGCAUUUGCCGGCUGUGAAUGACAGUUGGGGCGUGUCAGCUCGCUUCCCACGUGACGUGCCGGUCUACUGCCAGACAGCGCCUGCAACUGUCCGAAGGCUGGACUACUAUCGUAUGGAGAAGAACAGCAGCAGUCAGACUGACCAGCACAUGAAUGGACAUUGGCUACGAGCGCUCUGCUCCCAGCCGGUGCCUGAAAUCAUCAACAAAUACAGAUCCAAGUCCGACAACAGACGGGUGAAAACACCGUGGUCACAAACUUACACAACACCAGGCGAGAUCUCACUACGUCACGGCUGGGACAGCAAUGCGGGGAGAGACCGUAUCAGAACUUCAACAACCGGUGUCGAGUCACACUGUCCCACGGAUAAAUUACUACAGGCUAAUCAAAUUAGCAUUGAUCAUAAACAGCAGCAGGUUCAAAGAGGGAAGCCUGUAACAAAAUGGCGAGAGGAAGAUAUUUCUAGCGGUCGCAAAUCACCGGUACAACUUUCGGUAGAUAUAACACCACUAUCUAUACGAGCUGAUGGAACGUCGGAUAAUUUUUUACGCAAAAAAACAACUUUCCCUGAAGUAAACAGGAAAAGUCCAAUGUAUGCGGAUUUUAAAACGCGGAUGGCACAGAGGUACCCAUUUUUAAGGAACAAGCAAAAGAAAAGCUACACCACAGGCCCUUGCCCAUCACCCGAGCCGCUGGAGUAGACCAGAGUUGUGGAACCUGUCACUUCAGUACGGCAGAGUUGUCGAACCUGU